AUGACGUUACUGCUUAGCAACAUCCAAAGUAUAUAUAAGAAAGGAUUUUUUUGUGUAACAGACUAUGAUAAAGGGGUCUUCACAGUUAUUGAUCUUCUGGAUGAGAAACAGCUCAGAAAGAUUAAGAAAGAGACACACUUGUUCAGCCACAUAGGAAGGACAGAAGAAAUAAGCUGCUACAUAGAAGAUAAAGAAGUUUUGUCCGAUGUUCAAGUGGAAUCUACAAUAAAAAUGCCAAAUAAAGCCCAAGAGGAUGCUGUCAUUAACCUGAAAUCAGUACAAGAACUGGGUAAGCAACUGGGUUUUGAGUGGACAAUUGUUGCUAGCGAGCUGGGAUUCAGCAGAGCAGAAAUAACCCAGUUUCACUCAGCUAGCACAGAGAAGAAGAUUCAAGCACAGAAAAUGCUGGAGUGCUGUUCACCGGAAACGAAAUACAAUACCAGCCUGAAUAACCCAACGACCAGAACCAGAGACAUCAGAAAUAGGUAUGAACGAUCAUGGAAUAAACUUAACAAGACAAAGAUCCUUCAGGAUGCCCUAGAACGGGCUGGAAGAAAGGACCUGGCUGAUAAACUUCAGUGCCUGCACUGGGGACAUCAGAAGCUAAGCAGCAGAGUGGAGCUCCCUUCUGCUUUCCCCUUUCUCAUCACUGUGCACAAAACCAUCAACAACAAAGAGGGGCUUAAGAAAAUUAACCAACUUAGUCGCAAGUAUCCCUAAGGUGCUGCAGUUAAAACACCACAGAGGACAUCUCUUUUUCAUGUACACUAGAAGUGAGGCUUGAGGUUACUGUUUGUUAUAGAGCUUUUCAUCUGAUCAUUUUAUAAGAUUUAACUAAUUUUAAUUCUGUAUCUGGAAUGUGAUAUUUGAGGAAAUGCCACUUUCUAAGAAAACCUAUUACAGGA